GCUUUUUCACGAUGUUGCUCCACCUUCUCUCUGACACAUACUCAUUCACCUUGUUGACCUUCUCAGUCACUCUCAAACAUCAGAGGAAGAAGCGGUUCCAGGCUCUCACAUACCCUCUCCAUCAAGAUAACAUGGAAAAGGAACAGGGACCUCCUCCAGGAAUGGCAGCACCGCCAUACCCCGGUCCCCCCGUGGGCUUUAACCCGGAAGCACACCAACCUCAGCCUGGCAUCCAACCUGUUCAACAGCCUGCUUACCAGUACUCUGCACAACAACCUCAGCAUGGCAUCCAACCUGUUCAACAGCCUGCUUACCAGUACUCCGCACAACAACCUCAGGUCGUUCAGUCCGUGAACCAGGUGGUGGUGGUGCAACAUCUGCCGACUGAUGUUCCAGGACAGAUGAUGUGUCCUCACUGUCAAAACAGUGUUGUCACUACAGUCAGCUACAGAAAUGGUAUGCUCACCUGGCUGCUCUGUGGCCUACUAGGAGUCUUCAUGUGCUGGCCUUGCUGUUUGAUCCCGUUCUGUGUGGAUUCUUGCAAGGAUGUGGAACAUUCCUGCCCUGCCUGUAACAACGUCCUGCAUAUCCAUAAACGCAGGUGAAACAGCACUGCAGUGGAAACUGCUGAAGUAACAACAAAAGGUAGAGAAGUCCAGUAUGACCAAAUAAACAUCAGGAGCCAAACCUAUGCAAACCCAUCAAAUGUCAUCAUGAACCCUGUGCUCACUUGUGGAACAUGCAUUACUCUGUACUGUACAUAUAUGUGAAGAUUACAUAACAGCUCUGAUUUCUUUUCUUCUAUCUGUUGAUCUAAAAUGUGCAAUCAUGUUGUAAAUUGUAAAAAUGUGCAAAUGUGAAAAAUCUAAUUAAGAUUAUAUUUUUUCUAGACUUGAGUGACAUUGUCUUAAUCUAAUAUUGGUUUCCUCAGUGUUGAAUUUGAGAUUUAACAUUUUCAUGACACACUGACAUUAAAAAAUAAUAAUAGCAGUUACAUAACUUCCAUAUGAUAAUCGUAACCGUUAAGUGGGGAUGUUAAUUGAUUAAACAGAAAUAAGCCUUUUAUCACAAUAAUAACCAAACAAAUGCUUGUACUGUGAAAUGAUUAAAAUGAAUAAAUCCUUAAUGAAUCACCACUAACAUUUAA